CAUCUGCCUGGACCGCGGAUCUUUCCGCGACUGGGCUGAAGGCGGCCGGGGCUGCGGGUCCAGAUGCACGUCUGUCUUCUUGAUGCAGGUGAUAGUUGAAAAGGUCUCUGGCUCUCAGAUCGUGGACAUUGACAAGAGGAAGUACCUGGUUCCCUCUGACAUUACCGUGGCUCAGUUCAUGUGGAUCAUCAGGAAGCGGAUCCAGUUGCCCUCUGAGAAGGCAAUAUUUCUCUUCGUAGACAAGACUGUCCCGCAGUCUAGCUUAACCAUGGGACAGCUUUAUGAGAAGGAGAAGGAUGAAGACGGCUUCUUGUACGUGGCUUACAGUGGAGAAAACACCUUUGGUUUCUGAUUUCAUCUCCUUCCUGCUGUUUUGUAAAUAGCCUCUUGUUCUUUCAUCAUGACCCUGAGGCGCACAUUUCAUUUGUCACUGGGUUGAUUUAAUAUAUUGAUAGAUUUUUGUUUGUUAGCCUAGUAAUUUAUAAAAGUUUAUUUUUCCAUUGCACAUGUAGCCAUAGCUGUAAAUUUCAUUGCAUCCUUCCUCUGGGACACAUUUAAUGGCAUUAUUCAAACAUGGAUGCAAUCAUAGAUAAGGAAUUAAAAAUGAUGGGAGAGGGAUUUUGAAAUUAAUAUUUGCAUAAUAAUUAAUAACUACAGUUUCAAAGAAAUAGCUUCUGUAAUAUCCUUAAGAGUCUAAGGAUGCUGAUAUGUUUAUCUUGGUUAGCGUGUUGCUUUUACUGAAUUUUGCUUAAGAAAGCAACAAUUAAAGUUACUGUCAC